CUUUGAGUGAUACUACCACCAACAGGCUUCAUUGUUCUUGCCCCGUAUAUUUCUUGUUUCUUUUUCUGCUGACCCGAUACAUUCUUUUACCAUGAGCAAUACCCUGAAUUCAUCACCAGACAGACCAAAGGUUGGAUCGUCCAAGAUCAAAUACACCGGCAAGGCCAAGGUCAGCGCGUUAUUUCACGCGACAUCACGCGAAUAUUUAUCUGACGAGCCUUCCGAGAGGAAGAGAAAUGUUUCAAAUGUUGCAGAAGACUCGUCAGGUGAAGAAUCGGACACGCAUCAAAGUAUCACAAAUAGCGACCCCCAAGAAACAUCUCUGUCUGAAUCGAAAGCUGCUCCCAAAAUGGUCGAGAUUUUUCUUCCUGGACCUUCACCACCGCGCUCCCCCUGCAAUUCCCAAGAAAGCCCGGUGCUUUCUGCUAAGCCUACCAGCAAAACUAGGGGACCCCGUAGUUCAUCAGUGGUCUCCUUGAAUCGUUCUAUUCGUCAUGAGAGCCCCUCUGCCCUUACCGUUCGUGCGAAGUCAUCAGAUAAGACUUCCCCUGCCCCAAAGGUCAACUGCCCUAAUACCCCCGAUGACGAUGCAGAUGAGACCUCGUCGAUUGCAGAAUCAUCUGCCGGAGCUCGAAUACGGCGGUCUGAACCUGAGCGUAUACAGUACUUCAAAGGCCAGUCACUAUGCGACGAUGUGGAGUCGCACCGAGCUCAUUGCGUUCGAUGCAACAAAUGGAUCAGUCUUGGCAAGAGACAGACGUAUACUGUUCGUUAUUGGGAAAUCCAUAGACGGAGGUGUGACCAACGAACCCCUGUUUUGAAGUUGGGUCGUCGAGAUGAGACCGAAUUGGAAAAAUCCGAAGCGGAGGCUUUGGAAUCAGAAUUGAGUAUGGAGAUUACCAAGCAGCCUUCACCCCAGCCGGCUCAGAAGAGUGACGCCGAAAGGAAAGCUUUGCUGGAAGAGGAUCCUCGUGCUCAAGAGGUCAAACCACACGAAGUUCUUUGUCGAUCCUGCCAGAAAUGGAUCAAGCUGUCGAUCGAUCAUGUCUACCUUCUUGGAAAUUGGCUCGCACAUCAACAACGGUGUUCUGGUGUUAUACCCAGCAGCCGAGUGGCUACCGCAGUGGCUACGGCAGAGAGGAAACAUAGUUUGCUGAACGACCCUCAAGCGAAGUCGUCUUCCCCUCGACAUGUCGAGUGUGCUUUUUGCAGGACGAAUGUCGAGCUGGACGGGGUCGCACAGUAUGAUUUGACCAAGUGGCACGAGCAUAAAGCGAAGUGCACUUCUCAUGCUAUUCAAUCCACUCCAAAGGCUCCUAAUUCGCGUCGUUCGCGCGUUUUCCCUACACCAUCAAGUCAGGCUAUCACUCAAACGCCUACAAGCGAGGUACACAAACCCCUUGCAUCCUCGAGUUCAGCGUCUAUAGACGCCACAGCCAUCAAUAACAACUCCCCGUCUCGUAUUGGGGAGAAACGUGCCAGGGACGAAGAAGACGCCGGAGAAGACCGCCCUGUGAAUCGUCCGAGAACCGAGACCUAUGAAGCGCCCAAGAAUGAGGCGCCAGGUCCGUGGGGUUGGUUUAUGCAGCCCUUCAAAGCUUUCGUGCGUGGUUUCAGAGAAGGUUUAGGUACUUCAUCUACGUAAAUGUUGGCACUAGUGUGUUAUGUCGAUUGUAUUGUACCCCACUCUAUCUAUUGCGCUCUGUUUUCUUGAUAAUGCUAUUUAAUUGUUCCCCUGGACGCUUGGGG